AUGAUUUAUAAUAAAAAUGAAAUUAUUUUAAGUUUUAUUCUAGAUUGUUUGCCUAACACUAUGGGAACACUUCCAUUAUUGCAAAAAUUACCGAUUGCAGCAACUGUGCCAAAUUUAAUUGGAUCAAACUUACGACGUAGUGCCUUUACGGCACACGGUAAACUUGCGGCAUCGCUUUCAUCAAUAACAAAUUCAUCACAGAAUUCAUCAACUAGCACUAGCAGCAGUUCAUUCAUUUUACCUAGCACUAAUUCUCUACAAUCCUCUCAUUCAUCACAAACAAGUCCAACUUUAUGUCGACAAGCAAGUAUUGGUGGCUUUUCAUCCACCUGCUCAACCUGA